AGCCAAAGCUACACCUCUUACAUAUCAUCCCAAAACAAAUCUCAAACAACUUUCAUAUCUUUCUCAUAACUUUUCUUAUCAUAACUUUUCUGAUCCAAUGGCAGUCCCAGUUAUUGAUUUCUCUAAGCUGAAUGGUGAAGAAAGGGCCAAAACUAUGGCACUUAUUGCUAAUGGCUGUGAAGAAUGGGGAUUCUUUCAGUUGAUCAAUCACGGCAUUCCGGAGGAACUUCUUGAAAGGGUGAAGAAGGUUUCCACUGAGUUCUAUAAGCUGGAAAGAGAGGAGAAUUUCAAGAACUCCACAACAGUGAAGCGUCUGAACGAUAUAGCUGAAAAGAAGAGCGAUGAAAAGCUGGAGAAUGUAGACUGGGAGGAUGUUAUCACUCUCCUGGAUGAUAACGAAUGGCCAGAAAAUACACCAAGUUUCAGGGAAACCAUGUUAGAAUAUCGGUCUGAGUUAAAGAAACUAGCAGAGAGUCUCACAGAAGUGAUGGAUGAGAAUCUGGGCUUACCAAAAGGAUACAUCAAGAAGGCGCUGAAUGGUGGAGAAGAAGACAAUGCUUUCUUUGGCACUAAGGUCAGCCACUACCCACCCUGCCCCUAUCCAGAACUUGUGAACGGACUACGAGCUCACACUGAUGCAGGAGGUGUCAUCCUUCUGUUCCAAGAUGAUAAGGUUGGUGGCCUUCAAAUGCUCAAAGAUGGGGAAUGGCUUGAUGUCCAGCCUUUGCCAAAUGCCAUUGUCAUCAACACUGGUGAUCAGAUUGAGGUCCUGAGCAAUGGCAGAUACAAAAGUUGUUGGCACAGGGUUCUGGGCUCUACAGAUGGGAUGAGGAGAUCAAUUGCAUCCUUCUAUAACCCACCACUCAAGGCCACCAUAAGUCCUGCACCACAAUUGGCAGAAAAAGAAAACCAGCAAGUCGAUGACACUUAUCCUAAAUUUGUUUUCGGUGACUACAUGUCUGUCUAUGCUGAGCAGAAGUUCCUCCCUAAGGAACCAAGGUUUAGAGCUGUUAAAGCCAUUUGAGAAAAGCACAUCGUUUCAUAUAGAAACCCGAAAAGAAAAAAAAGAAAAGAAAAAUCGUCUUUUGUUCUGUUUACGGGUCAUCGUUUUAUAUAAGACAUGGUUGACAAUAGCAAAGAAUACCACAUGGUUGCCAUUCUCUUCAUAAUGGGAGCCAUUGUGGGUAUUAGUAGUUUGGUUUUAUUUUAGAAUAUUCUGCUUUAUCUUUAACUAUCAUGGUGUGGUGUGGGAGAUUGUAUGCAUCUAUAUGGGCUUGAUUUGUAUAAUAGUACUAUUACAUAAAUUCUACUCAAGUUAUCCUUCAUGAA